UACAGUAGUUCUUCAGUACAUGCUGCCCACGUGUGCUACAAAACAAGCUUUUUGGGUGGAGAACGUCUGUUUUUUCCCCCGACGCCACCCACGAUGCCUCAUCUGAACGCCUAUAUACGGAAAAGUAGAAAAACUCCUACAGGUUGACAGAAUGGCAGCUCUGCCUCCAGAGGAGUUCAUCUGGUGUGAGGACUGUGGACAGUACCACGACUCCGAGUGCCCCGAACUUGGACCUGUGGUGACCGUCCAGGACUCUUUUGUCCUCAGCCGGGCCCGGUCUUCUCUUCCAAGCAGUCUGGAGAUCAGGCCAGUGGCAGAUCGUGGCGAGGGUGUCUUUGUUCAGCGUCAGCUGGUCAAGAGGACGCGGUUCGGGCCGUUUGAGGCUAAACGGGUCCCCGUUUUGGAGAAGGAAGUUGCCUUCCCUUUGAAGAUCUUCCAAAAGGAUGGCAUGGUGGUGUGUUUUGACUCCAGUAGCGAAGAUGACUGCAACUGGAUGAUGCUGGUGCGACCUGCCACGGAUCACCAACACCAGAAUCUGACCGCGUACCAGCAGGAUGAUGAGGUGUUCUUCAACACCUCCCAGGACGUGCUCCCGGGAACGGAGCUGAGGGUCUGGUACGGAGCUUUCUAUGCAAAAAAGAUGGAGAAGCCCAUGCUCCGAUCCCCGGUUCAACCACAGCCACCUCCAGAAGCCUCCGAGAAAACUCUUGCCGUUAUGCCCCCUGUGGUGAAAGACAACAAUGCAGGUCACAUGACAAGUGCCGUCAACAAGAUGCCGACCACGACAGAGCUUCCGGAAGACUCGCUGACAUCGCAAGAGGAGAACACCUUCGGGCAAGGCGAGGAUGUUCGCUCCCCCGCUGCUUCGCCUCCUGUGAAGAGGGGGCCCACACGUGGAAGAAAAGCUCCGGGACGCAGACCUCGAGCUGUCAUUGGAACAAGCAGAAGUAAAGAUGUGAAGCAACCCACCAAGAACACGGAGUCGGUUCCUUCAGAGGCGGCAGCCGCUGCAAAGAGAAGCCACCAACUCGGGGCUUCAGACGUCGGGGCCGUGCCCAAGAGACACCAAGGCCGAGAGCACAAGAAGGUGUACCGCUGCUCCCUCUGCAACAAGGUCUUCCAGAACAGCAGCAACCUGAACAGACACAUUAGAUCACACGGAGAUAAACUGUUUAAGUGUGACGAAUGUGACAAGUUGUUCAGCCGCAAGGAGAGUCUGAAGCAGCACAUCUCCUACAAGCACAGCAAGAACGCGCCUGACUUGGAAUACAAAUAUAAAUGCAACACAUGUGACAAAUCCUUCCGCCUGGAAAAUGCCUUAAAAUUCCACAACUGCAGGACAGAUGAUAAGACGUUCCAGUGCGACAUCUGCUCCCGCUUCUUCUCGACCAACAGCAACCUCUCCAAGCACAAGAAGAAGCAUGGCGAAAAGCUCUACUCCUGUGAGAUCUGCAACAAGAUGUUCUACCGCAAAGACGUCAUGCAGGAGCACCACAGGAGACACAGCGUCGGACCGAAGAACAUGAAGAGAGAGGAGUUGGAGGCCAACGGAGAGGAAGCUACCAAGUACCGGAAAGAACCAUCCCCAUGCCCGAUCUGUGGCAAGGUGUUCUCCUGCCGAAGUAAUAUGAACAAACACCUGCUGACCCACGGCGAUAAGAAGUACACCUGCGAGAUAUGCGGACGCAAGUUCUUCCGCGUGGACGUUCUUCGAGAUCACAUCCAUGUUCACUUCAAGGAUAUCGCUUUAAUGGAUGAGCAGAAGAGGGAGGACUUCAUCAAGCGGAUCGGCAUUUCGGUCGGCGACAGCGAUGAAAAAGAUGACGAUGACGAAGAGGAAGACAACCCCGAGCACCAUAAGUACAACUGCAAGAAAUGUCAGAUGUCAUUUGCAAAGGGCCGGGAAUACCUGAAGCACAUCAUGGAGCAGCACAAAGAGCGAGGCUACGGCUGCGGGAUCUGCAAUCGGCGAUUCGCGCUGAAGGCCACGUACAACGCCCACUUGGUCAUCCACAGGGAGCAGCUGCCUGACCCUGCAGUGCAGAAGUAUAUCCAUCCCUGUGAAAUUUGCGGCAGAAUCUUCAAUAGCAUCGGUAACUUGGAGCGCCACAAGAUCAUCCACACUGGGGUGAAGAGCCAUAGCUGCGAUAAGUGCGGGAAAUCAUUUGCGAGGAAGGACAUGCUGAAGGAGCACCUGAGGGUCCACGACGACAUCCGAGACUUCCUGUGUGCAGAAUGUGGCAAAGGCAUGAAGACCAAGCAUGCUCUUCGGCACCACAUGAAGCUCCACAAGGGCAUCAAAGAGUAUGAAUGCAAGGAGUGUAACCGCAAGUUUGCCCAGAAGGUCAACAUGCUCAAACACUACAAAAGGCACACGGGUAUAAAGGACUUCAUGUGCGAGCUGUGCGGGAAGACGUUCAGCGAAAGAACCACUCUGGAGACACACAAGCUCAUCCAUACAGUGGGGAAGACGUGGACGUGUGCAACCUGUGAUAAGAAGUACCUGACCGAGUACAUGCUGCAGAAGCACGUGCACCUGACCCACGAGAAGGUGGAGGCCCAGUCGUGUGUGCUGUGCGGCACCAAGGUGUCCACGCGGGCCUCCAUGAACCGACACCUGCGACGCAAACACGCCGACGUGGUGCCUGUGAGAAUCGAUGACUUUGAUGAGCUUCAGGAAUGCCAGACGAUCAACGACUCGUCCAUCAGCAUCGUGCAGCCAACCCUGACGCUGGAAAAAGACGGCACGUCGGAGGAAAGGCCCAGCCGCUCCGCCCGCCUGGCUAAGAAGAAGCUAAGAGUUGUGAGCGAACCAGAAGAACUUUCUGGAUCAGAUGAUUACGUCGACUUCGCCGAGACCAGACACGAGCCUUUGCCGGAAUUCAACACGGUCGUCAUUGGCGAGGAGAUGGAGACCAGCUCUGCGGUGCAGAGCAUCCAGCAGGUGGUGGUCCUCGCCGACCCCAACGCGGUGCCGUCUGCCUCCUCCCCUCACGGCUCAGUGGGGCUGAGCAACAUCACGGUCACGCCCAUCACCAGCCCGCCGCCCGCCCAGUUCACCAGCCUGCAGCCCGUCGCCGUCGGCCAGCUCACGGCUGGCGACAGACCAAUCUCGCUUGACAACUCCAUCCUCACCGUCACCUUCGACACGGUCAGCGGCUCGGCUUUGCUCCACAACAGGCCCGCCGACCUCGUCACGGAAACGGCGACCCCCGCCGGAACCCCGUCGGCUCAGUCCGUCGCGCACUUCAUCAACCUCACCACUCUUGUCAACCCCAUGAGCCACCAACUGGAGGCCCCGACUCUUGCCUGGAGAUCCGUGUCGGCGGCAGAGAGCGGCCAGGUCACCCCCGUCGUCGAGGGGGUCCAGGGAGACAUCCACGAGUCCCAGAGUCACGGUACCGAGGUAGGUCGGCCCGGUCAGAGCCAACCACCCACACCGCAGCCGCAGAACGGUGCAGCACAGCAGAUGUUCAGCUACUGAUGUGGAGCGGAGGUGCCGGCCACCUCGCUACAUUCCAUAGAAAUCAUGUACAUUUUAUAAAAGUACUUCAUUUUCACCCAGAUGCCUAUACAGCGCCUUUUAUCCCCUUGUAGUUUUACGAGUAAUCUGUACAGUAUGUAAACACACACACACAGUAAUCAAUCACAGUUAUGGCGCCCCCUAGUACGAAAGUUUCGAUUAAAUUCGACGAACAUUCUUAACCUUUUUUAACAAGUAAAUGCAUACUGUACAUAAAGUACGUACACACAUGCGUACUUAUACAGUAAUCCCUCGCCACGUCGCGCGCUUGGCGUUUCACGGCUUCACUCUGUCGUGUUUUUUUUUUUUUUUACAAAAUAUAUGAAUAAUUCAUGCUGUUUUGUGAUUGAAUAUGGCCUAUUAUUAGUUGAAAAAUAUGAAAUAUUUCAGUACAUUUUAAAUGUUUUUACCUAAAUUAAAACAUACUUCGGUACGAGGUACAUUAUUAAAAAAAAAAUGAAUACAUAAAAAUAAAAAAAAACAACUAAAAUACUAAAAUAAUAAAAUGAAAUAAAAUGGAAUAAAAUUGAAUUGAAUUACAUUUAAUUGAAUUAAAUUGAAUAAAAUUAUUUUUUUUAUUAUAUUAGAAAGGCAGGAAGUGAACAAAAAAUAAUAAUAAUAAAAAUGAAAAUAAAAAAAACACACGUAAACUAUAUUAAGAAAUAUUACCUAAAUUAAAUACUUCGGUACGAGGUACAUUAUAAAAAAUAAAUAAAUACAUAAUAAAAAAAAACUAAAAUAAUAAAAUAAAAUUGAAUGAAAUUUAAUUGAAUAAAAUUUAAUUGAAUAAAAUUAAAUUAUUUUUUAAAAUUAUAUUAGAAAGGCAGGAAGUGAACAAAAAGAUACCGGGAUGAUAUGUAGUAUCCUACACUGGCCACUAGAUGUCAGUAAUGUUACCAUAAAUGUUCGCUGGGACACACAAGCACCAGACUUGGUAACCACCGAACUAGUAGGCUUUUAUUUCAGGUUUGAAUGACUCACACAGUUAUCCCUAAUGAGGGCUACUACAAAUGCCACAAGCUAAAACUCAACUCUGAACCCUCGACAUCACUUCCUGUCCGUGCUACUGGAACACAUUCCCAUCAACACCCGCAAGCACGAGUCUGAUUUAUGGCUUAUUUUCUGGCAUUAUAUCGGCUAACACAAGCUUACGGGUCAAUAUAGGGGUGCUAGUUCAUGUCUAGAUGGCUCUAAUUAUGUUUAAAACCAUAUUUAGAAGGUUGUAAACAGAUUUUCUAUGCUCUAACUAUGAAAAAAAAUCAAUUUAUAAAUAAAGAAUCCUACUUCACGGAAAUUCACUUGUCAAUGUCGGAUGUGGAACCAAUUAACCGUGAUGAACGAGGGAUUACUGUACAUAUACAGUACAGUAGAUCGCUUAGAUGCCAGAGCCUAACAAGAGUCUCUAAGCGUUGUCACCCAUCGAUUAGUUACGAUCAUAUUUUGUAUCUCAACUAUGGUGCGUUCAAGUACCUCCCAACUAAGUGCAAAAUUAUGAUGUAAACAUGUCAUUAAUGUUGUAUAAUGACAUAUUUUUUAAACUGUGGUUAAUGCUGAAUUGCAAAUGUAGGGGGGGGGAUUCACUGUAUACAAUCAUGGCCAAAAACAUUGCUAUCUUUGGCAUGACACACGCAAAGAUACAUGUAUGCAUACAGUACAUAGUACAUACAGUACAUAAACCCCAAAUCAGUGAGACUUCUUAAGCCAAAGGUUCACUAGCCUUUUAAAUCAUGCAUGUUAUCAAGUCUUUGAGAAAUGAAACUGAAACAUUUGAAUGCUUUUUCUGUCUUAAAGUUAGUACUCCUAUCUUUUUUUUUUAUAUAAGUUGUCCCUGUCUAAAGUGGUCUUUCAUUUGUUUACCUGUAAAGAAAUUUGGACCAUAAAUCCUGAUUAUGAGACUCAAAUUGAUUUUUUUUAUUUUAUUUAC